UUGGCUGAGCACACAGACGGACACACACACACAGCCAGAGAAAGAUGGCGGCUCAGGUGUCCGCGGUGCUACGGCUGCUGCUGCUGCUAGGACUCCUGGCGGCUCCCGGUCUCUGCUCCGCCGGUUCCGCCGGCUCAGGGCCGGACGCUGCGCGCGGCAUGGCGCAACUGCAGCGCGUGCGGAGCCUCGCCGCGCACACCGGGUACGGAGGAUGUUGGGCGCGAGCUCUGGAGCACCUGGACACGCGCUGCAGGGAUAUGACGUCGGAGAGCCAGAGCCGGAUCGCGCUCAGCUUCACGUACUGUCACCUGAGCAGCUCAGGCAGGGAUUUCCCACCUUGCCCCGAGGGGUCAGAGGUCAGCAGGUGUACAGGUGGAAUGGAUGCUGUGGCCUUUAACACCUACACCGAGUUCUUCACCCACACUCACUCCAUCUGUCACUUCCUGCAGUCUGAAGCCUGGCAGAGCCGCGCGGAGAACACCAUGUACAGGUUGACUGAGAGCUCUGCAGGUGUAGCUGAGCAGCUGCUGUCCUCCAGGCAGAUGGCCGAGGAUCUGAUGGAUGCUCAGGCCGCUGCGUUACAGGCGCAGCAGGAGAUCCUGAACAACGGAGAGGAGCUGAGAGUCACCCUGAGAGACUCUACCCAGGGUCUGCGUUCUGUGUUCUCUGACCUCAGCAGUGCCUCCAGGAGCCAGCAGGUGGCGCUGUCUGAACUCUUUAACAGAGUUUCCUUCCUGCAGAGCUUCCUGCUGAUGGAGGCCCACAGUCUGAGCUCCUGCUGCUACAACGCUGCUGCGCUCUGCACCUCCUUCCUCCUCACCUCCACCCAGCGCUCCUCUAGAGCCAGGUUGGCGUUGCUGACUCUGGUGUGUUUGAACUUCUACCUGGAGAGGAAGAUCUACCAGUUUGUGAUGAACUCUGAUCAUCCUGAGCACAAACACAUGGAGCUGGUCAGUGUGUAUGUGAGUGUGUUGAGGCGCUUCAUGCUGUGUGUUGGGGUGUGUGUCCUGCUGUGUGUGUGUGUUCGUUACAGAGACCCGCUGCAGCAGAGUCUGCAGCUGCUGCAGCAGCUCAGGGAGACCCAGAGGAGUCUGCAGGAGGCGCUGCAGCACGCAGAGUCUUUGGGGGAGCAACAGCAGAAGAAUCAGCUGGCUCUGAAGAGGAGGUCCGAGAGUAGAAGAAGAGAGGAGGCGCUGCGGAGGCGAGAGGAGAUAAAAAGAGAAGAAGAGGAGGAGGAGGAAGAGGAAGAGGAGGAGUGCAGCACGUUGGUGUGUCCGACCACAGACCAACCAGACCGGUCUCACCUCUCUCACAUCGGUUGGAGUACCGACCGUAUUCUUAGCAGUACGGUGAACAGCUCGGCAGCUGACAUCGCCCUGCAGCCAUACGACACCCACAGUGCCUCAGCGCGGAGUCCCGCUACCCACAAUGCCUCAGCGCGGAGUCCCGCUACCCACAAUGCCUCAGCGCGGAGUCCCGCUACCCAGAAUGCCUCAGUCAGGCGUCCUCGCCGCUCCUCGUCCUCCGCCCCUGUGGUCUACAGCAUCCUGGUGGAGGAUCAUCAGGUACAUCUGAUCUGAUCCCAGAUUAUCUGAGAGUCUGGGCUCGGUCUCCCGUGGUAACAGCCUCGAUACAGCCUGAGGAGCAGAAGAUCUGAGGCUCACCGAAGACAGAAUGUAAUUUAGUUUCAUUUCAUCUGCUGGAGAUUUUACACACAGAAUGUUUUUUUAUUUGUUUAUUUGUUCUCAAUAUCAAUAAAAGUACAUUUUUAGAUUUGAAAC